ACGCACUGCACUGCGUUUGUGACGUGGAACCGAAACUUUUUGAUUAGUUUUUUACGUAGCUUAUCAACUUUAUCAUUCGUAGUCAUUACUUAUAUAAACUACGUUACGUAUAUAACUAAAAACUUUAUACAUAUAUUGUUUUUUUUAUACUUCAACAUCAUGUCUUCAGAAUCUGCUGUGAAACUUUAUCACUUUCCAUUGAGCGGCCCAUCCCGUGGAGCCCUUCUAGCUGCCAGAGCAUUAGGUGUUCCAGUAGAAAUCCAGAUUGUAAACUUGUUCCAAAAAGAGCAGCUUAAGGAGGAGUUUUUGAAGAUAAACCCUCAACAUUGUGUACCAACUCUAAAAGAUGACGAUCUCGUAAUUUGGGAGAGCCGAGCCAUUGCUUGUUAUCUUGCAGACAAAUACGGUAAAGAUGAAGACGACGCCCUUUCUCUUUAUCCAAAAGACUUAAAACACCGCGCUCUUGUAAAUCAAAGGUUGUACUUUGACGCCUCAAGUUUGUACGUGAAAAUUAGAGCAAUUUGCUUUCCCAUCUUGUUCUUGGGCGAGACAGAAAUUAAGGAGCCACUGAAGAAUGACCUUAAUUCAUCACUCGAGUUUCUGAAUGGAUUCUUAGAAAACAGCAAGUGGGUCGCCGGACACAACCUGACUAUAGCAGACACAUCCAUCUAUGCUUCAGUGUCAAGUAUACUGGCUGUAGGGUGGGACAUCUCAGCUUUCCCAAAUAUUCAACGCUGGAUAAAAGACUGCGCUACUAUACCUGGUUAUGCUGAAAAUGAAGAAGGUGCCAAACAGUUUGGUGAAGCAGUUAAGAAAAAUCUGAAGAAGUAAUAUAAAAUAGUCUUUAUUUUACUUAACAGAUUUUAUCUUUAUAACAAAAUGAAAUGUUCAUCUGUUUUGUAAUAUACAAUUGUUAUUUGUAAAACUUUAA